CACACACACACACAAUGAAUUAGAAAACAAUUGUGAAUUUUGUCCUCUAAACACAUUUUGAUAAUAUUGCUAGUUGCUGGUUAAAGAGGUGAAGACUACAAUGACAAUGACAUUGGAAAGGACUGAAAUGAACAUUUGAAGAUCCAUGGCAUUCCAGAUCUCACUUCCAAUUCCAAUUCCAAUUCAAGCAGUACCUAGAAAAACAGACCCUCUAAUAAAAUGCAUCACAGACAACAAGGCAGAGAGACUUCGCAAAUUAAUAAGAGGCAGAGAUAUUAAUGGACUGUACCCUUCUGAAGAUUGGAAAGAUGAUGUUACUCCAUUAUCUGCAGCAGUUUUAUGCAGAAAUGAAGAAAUCUGCUCUUAUCUACUUGGAGAGUCAGCUGAUCCAAACAAACCCUCAACAAAUGGACAAACUCCUCUACAUUAUGCUGCUUUAACAACUGGAGUUUCACUGAGUAUUGUGAAAAGAAUACUUGCAGCAAAAGCUGACCCAAAUGGAAAUGAAUUACAAAUUUUUACUCCAUUGCAAUAUGCUGUUCAUCGUGACCAUGAAGACAUUGUGAAAGCACUUAUAGAGGCUGGAGCUUCACCUGAAAAGAACUAUGGGAGAAAUCCAGAGCUUGAUAAAAAAGUGGAGACAAUGAUACAUCAGUUAUCUUCACAUGGUGAAGAGUUUGAGAAAGUACAUCUGUUUUUCUCUCUUUCUUGUGCUGUACGAACAAAAACUCAGAUAGAAGUUUACAGAAUCUAUAAUGAACAUUUCUUUCAAGAGGAUCCUUUCAAUCAUAUUAUUUUGUUUGAGGUGUAUUUUGGUGUCAUUGGUCCAGGUGCGGAGCAGUAUCGUCAGAGCGCCAUCAAGUUUUUAAAAGAUACAAAGACCACAGACAGAUACAUUGAAGGAGUCAUCAAACGAUUCCCAAGAAUCCCUCAGGAAUACUGGCUGUAUCCACUAAACUGCUUAUAUGUUGCUUUAUGUAUCAGCAAAAGCAUCUUUCCUCAGAUAUUCAGUGAUCUUGUGUCUAUUCUAACAUACAGACUUCAGCACUCUGGAAAUGCACAAGGAGAAAUAAUCAAUCAUCUGAUACUAAAGAUACUCAGUGUAAUGAUGCAGAAGACGUCUGAGCAGAAACUGGGACUAAACCUUUCUGUCUAUGAGAAGUUGUGCAAAAGUCUGUUGCCUCUCACACGUCCUGAUUAUUCAAGUCUGAUUGGAGUUUGGACCUAUGGACUGUUUGCAUGCAUAUAUGAUAUUGCUCCUGAACUUGUAGCGUUGUGUGGAUUGUCACCUGUCCCAGAGAUGAUACUUAACACUGCAGAGAUAGACAUGGAUGAAGUCAUGAAAAAAAAGCUGCAAAAGUUGGAUGAAUCACUCAGACAUCCAGCGGGUUCGAGUGCAGUGGAUAGUUUAUGUGCGGAGACUGCAGCUCUAUCAACAAGCAGCAAGAAGAAGAAAAAGAAAAAGAAGAAAAUCCAACAAGAGUUGAGAUCACAAGAAAGUGAGCAGCAAGAUAAAGAGGAACCGUAUCCAGACACUGUAGUGACAUCCAUUGAGGAAUCAAAUUCAAGUGUGCAGCCGUUCACACAUCCUGAUGAGAUCUCGAGAGAGUGGCGUCAAAUCAGCCGUCGUUGGAGGUCCAAGCUUGAGAAGCUAGCUAACAUGGAUUUUAGUAAUACCAAUAGGCUGGGAAACCUUACUCUUGUACUCACUGAGGAAUUUCGUAUCGCUAAAGGAAGUGAUGGAACAGAAGUUUUCCUUGGUUUGAGGGAUGACGGCACUGAGGUGGCUGUGAAACGAAUGAUUAAGUCUAAUUACCAAGUCCUCAGAAAUGAGGAGAAAUUUCUACGACUUUUUGAUAGUCCCUCCAUUGUGCGAUAUGUGGACUUUGCAAAGGAUAAGGAUUUCGGGUACCUUGUUCUUCAGCUUUGUGAGUACACACUGGAGGAAUAUAUCCAAGAUCAUUUACCAGAUGACAGCGCUGAGAGAUCUUUGGUUCUGAAGAAGUUGGUGAAGGAAGUUCUCUGCAGCUUACAGGUUUUACACGACCAGCAGACUAAAGUGCUCCAUCGAGACAUCAAACCCCAGAAUGUCCUGAUUGACACAAAAGGAAAAGCCAGAUUGGCUGAUUUUGGCAUAAGUCGUCGAUUAAACCUCAGCCAAACCACUUUACGAACAAGCAGUGCUGGAACUAGAUGCUGGAAGGCAAAAGAGACCUUAGAUGAGGAGGCCAACAUUGGCUACAAGAGGAGCUCCGACAUUCAGGUUGCUGGGAUGUUAGUCUACUACAUUCUCUCUAGAGGACACCAUCCAUUUGGUAAAGGUCCACGUUGUGAAGUUAACAUUCUAGAAGGAAGAUACUCUCUGGAGCAUCUGGAUGAUGAUGUAGCGAAGGAUCUUGUCGAGUGGAUGAUCAAUGAAAAUCCAAACGAGAGACCGACUGUGGAGCAAACCCUCUCACACGCCUUCUUCUGGACUGAUGACAGGAGAGUGCGGUAUCUGAAAAUAUUGGGAAAUGAGAAAGAGGCUGAAAACUGUCGUAACGCAGAUGAGGAGCUCCUUAAUGCCAUUGCAAAAUACAGCGAGGGGAAGAGCUUUUCUGAAUGGAAGACUAAAUUGCCUUCUGAGCUUGUCCAGAAACUGGACAAUAAAAAGAAAGCCUAUCCUGAGAACACACUGGGUCUGCUGCGAUUUAUACGCAACCUGCACGAGCAUUAUAAAGCUGAGGCUGUGAAAAUCAACCUGAUGGCUUUAUUUCCUGAUCUCUUUGGGAGUUUGUACAUUUUUGCCAAAGAGAGAGGAUGGAACUCCAGGGAAAGUGUUCGUAUGGACAUCAAGUCGGCAUCAUGAACGUCACUGCAACACAGUGACUGAGCAUAAAUACUGAACAUUUACACAGUAAAGCUUUUAAAUAGUUUUAGUUUUUUCCAGUUACCAAAAUACAGUUCAUUUAAUCUUUCAAAAAAAAAAAAAAAGUCUUAAGUCUUUUGUUACAUAAAUCUUUAACAUAAAUUUGAAACAUAUAUGAAUACAUUUGUAAUAUUUUGUACUUGCAUGCAAUUUACCUCAUGGAUCAUGAAAACUUUUCAGUGUGAUGUGAGAUCUGGUGGUGUUUGUUGUUGUUUGGUGUUUUUAGAGACAAAAAAAGUGCCUCAUAACCUAGUGAACCUGGGAUGUCAUGUAAAAAUGAAUCAUAAUCACACAUUUUGAUUGGUUAGGUAAUGUAUUAUAAUGUGACAACUGCACAAAUGUCCCAUCACGAACUAUAAUGAACGACUUCGAAUACAUUCAGUGCUAUGCAGUAAGAUUAAGAGAGUUUUAUUGUUAUUCAUUGUUGUUAAAAAAGUUGUUAGUAUGCAAAUAAUGUGCAACAUACAUAAUGGCUCAUCUGAUUUAAAACAAAUGUUGAUCUAUUCCUCUCAACGGACCUUUCUUCACACGUUUCUCUUAAUUUGUGUUUUUUUUUUUGUCGCCAUCUACUGGUCGGAUUUGUUCAGUGCCGCUCUAAAAUAAAAUUUACCUACAUUUUA